GGAAAGGUCCUGUGCUGGACAUAUUUAGAGGACAACAUACCCUCAUUUCAUUUUCUAGCUUGAAUUGGGUUUCAGUCAUUUACGUUGUUUUGUUAAUACUUUUGUGUUUUUCAUUCUAGAGAAAUGUCAUAACACAAUAUAUCAUGCAUACCUUCAAUAAAUACCUGAUUGUAACUGUUUACAUGUGGAUUUUGGGCUCUUCUCGCGAUUGUGCAGGAUCAAGCCUAUGGGGGAUGAAGACGGCCUUUACCCGACCCUGUGUUUGGCAGCUGAAUAAAACAGCUAUCAUCCCACCUUUAGAGGAAUUGAGUGUCUGCGUCAACCUCAUGAGAACGAUUAGCAAUUCUGAAUGGACUGCUUUUGACUACAAAGGUCCAGGUCAACAUCACAUGGAGUUUGGCUUAGCUGGAAAUAUGGGCAAUGUAAUAGCCUCUCUUUUUGGAGAAAAAUGGACAGUUGCUUAUGACAUGCCCAUAAAAAUGUGGCACACAGUUUGUCUGACAUGGUCGAGUCACAAUAGGCUUUUCCAUGUGAUCAUUAAUGAAGCAGUUUUUGAAUUUCCCUUGAAUGAAAAUUCACCCAAGUACCUUGCCGCAAAUGGUACCCUGAGUUUGGGAGUGUCACAUAAUUUUGUUGGAGGUUCUAUUGAUUUUGAGACUGGGAAGAACUUUUUGGGUUACAUGUCCUUGUUCCGGAUGUGGGGAGUGCAGAUGAACCCACAGCAGCUGGAUGCACGCAGAUGUGUAGAUGGGAAUAUUGUGACUUGGAGAGAGCAAGAUUGGGAUUAUCAGAAGUGUCCACCCAUUCCCGAUGACAACUUUCUUUGUGAAUCAUCAAAAUAUAAAAUUCAAAUGAACACAGCUAUUGCACAAAAUGUCAUUAAUAAUACUGAAAAUGAUAUCCAGGAGAUUGUUUUAAUCUGGCUGAAGCAAGUUUUCCCUCAGAAAAUAUCAGUGCAUUCUGUGUUCCUGUCAAAUUUAAGAGAAGUGCCAAAAUUUAGCCCACGAACAGGAGCUGGUUUAGCUGGACAACAUAUGGAGGAAAUCCAGGGCACUGUAAAGUCACCAAUCAAGACACAAUGGUUUGAUUGUGUGGUGUUUGUGAGAGUGAUACCUGCAGCUGAUGUGAGGGAAACAGUGUCUAAGAUACAGGGGCUGUUAAUACCCAUCUAUAGCUACAACAACAUCCUCCUGAAAACAAACCCAGCAUCCAUAAACAUCCUCUCAGUAGCUGUCUUUCCCAACGUGACUUCAAAUCCUGCUUUGAGGACCACUGUUGCACCAGUCUCAAGUACAAAUAUUACAAUAUCAGGAACUCGCACAUCAUCACAAACACUGGCAAUGGAAAAUAUCUGUUUAAUCACUUCAGGCUUAAUUUCAAACAGAGAUUUUGGAGACAUUUUUUAUAGGGUUUAUCUCAAUCUAACAAUGAGUGGCAGCAUCACAGACCCUCAACACACUAUACAGCAAUGGCUUCAGCAAACACUAGGAAAAUGCAACAUGGAUGUUUGGAAUCUUGCGAUAAAAGGAGGUCCUAAGUACAUCACUACUUUUCAUGUUCAGGCUAAGGCACCAGGAAAUGUCACUGCAACAGAGAGGCUGAUUUUUGAACUUUUGACAAAAGGAUACACCAGUGCUACCAUCAGUAUCAUUGUUCCGUCCGGUGAAGUCAACAUCAGCCAUAUAGAUCCAGGCCUUUGUCCAGAGGAAACCAUGCUCACAGCGUAUGGUAUAUACAUGUGGCCCGAAAUGACAGCUCAAAGUGAAUACAGCAUGGGGUGUGUAAGAGGGAAUGAAAUUGCUACUAGGUUUUGUAAGUUAAACGGGGCAACUGACAGAGCAGUGUGGGAUCAUCCAGACAUGAGCAAGUGUAUUCCGACAGUUUCAGAUUUUGAUGGUUUGGAAAAUAUCACAGUUACAGCUGACAACUCAGCAGACAUUGUGGACAUGAUUGAGGAUCUUUUAAAGGAACAAAGCGAUCUGAAUGACGCUCAGAUGGACAUUGUGCUUGAAAAACUGUCUCAGGUCACUGAAGUUGGAACCUUGACCACAGACCUGUCCAGCGACAUUACUAAAAUUGUUUCAGAUAUCUGUUAUAUCAAAACUAGUCCCACCCAAAUCAACAAAAUUCUUUCUAUUACAGACCUUAUGGGAGACAGGACGGUGUUCGAGGGAGAUGCUCAUAACAUGACAGCACCUUCAUUAGCACUUCAGCUGAUCAACCCUGACACCUCUCAGUUCCAUGGCCUCACAUUCGAGGUGUCCUCCUUACUGAAUGAUAGCACCCCUGAGAUAUUUUAUGACAAGAACUUUACAGUGCAUCCAGACACAGGAACUGUAGCAUUCAUUUCUUUACCUCAUGCAAUUGAGAGCUUUUUCCCAAACAAUGGAGCCAGACCCCGUGUACAAUUUCAAUUUUAUGGCAAAGAAAAUUUCUUUGAGGACGCUACAGCCAACAUGAAGCUGAACUCUUAUGUAGUAUCUGCCAGUGUCACCAAUGCUACAGUAAGCAACCUUGAGAUCCCAGUGAUGGUCACUCUCCGCCAUCUCCAAAACAAAGAGGAUUGGGACACUGUCACGUGUGUCUACUGGGACUUUAACAAAAACAAUGAUAAAGGUGGAUGGAAUGAUACAGGAUGUGAGACAGUGAUGUCUAAUGCCACUUAUACAUCCUGUUCCUGUGAUCACCUCACACAUUUUGGAGUUCUUCUGGAUCUCUCUAAAACCCCAAUAAGUGCGAAAGAUGAAAGGAUUCUUACUAUCAUCUCAUACCUGGGCUGUGGCAUAUCCUCCAUCUUUCUUGGAGUCACACUGUUGACCUAUUUGUCCUUUGAGAAACUGAGGCGAGACUACCCUUCAAAGAUCCUUAUAAACCUCUCCGUAGCCUUGCUAGGGUUGAACAUGCUCUUCCUUGUGAACUCCUGGCUGGCCUCUUUUAACAGCAGUGCCAUCUGUAUAACUGUAGCAGCCAUUCAACAUUACUUUUUCCUGGCUACCUUUACUUGGAUGGGACUGGGUGCAAUCAACAUGUAUCUGGCCUUGGUCAAGGUCUUUAAUUCAUAUGUGCCGUCUUACAUCCUCAAAUUCUGUGCACUUGGAUGGGGUUUACCUCUGCUGGUUGUAAGUUUAGUGCUUGCCAUUGAUAUAAAUUCAUAUGGCACCAGCCUCUUCAGAGCACUUUUCCAAGAAUCCACUGCAUUUUGCUGGUUAAAGAAUGACGUGACCUUUUAUGUGACGGUGGUUUCCUUCGUGACCCUGGUCAUGGUCUGUAACAUCUGCGUGUUUGUCGUGGUGCUGGUACAGAUCCGUAAAAUGCGGGUCAAUAAGCCUUCCAGCAGCAGAAAAGGGUUCCUGCAUGACCUGAGAGUGGUGGCCAGUCUCACCUUCCUGCUGGGACUUACCUGGAUACUAACCUUUGUCGCCUGGGGUGCAGCCAAAACACCCCUGCUGUACCUGUUCUCCCUCCUCAACAGUCUUCAAGGUUUCUUUAUCUUCCUGUUUUAUUGUCUGAUGAAAGACAAUGUAAGGAAGCAGUGGAGGAUACAUCUCUGCUGUGGAAGAUUCAGACAGACUGAAUACUCAGACUGGAGCCGUUCUGUGACACCGGGGGCCAAAGCGAAAGGUGGUCAAAAAGUCUCCUCACCGUCCAUGAAGUCAGAGACUACCAGUGAAAGGAAGAGCUCCGAUACCUCAAACUCAGGGACCAGCCAUAAUGCUGUUUUCCUGACACAGGACAGAAAACAAUUAAAAGAGGGAAUAUGAAUCCUGUGUAUUCAAUUCUUAAUGACAUGCUUGAAAAUCUCCAGCAGAAAUUCAUGAAAGGCUUCAUUAAGUUGUUUUUUUCUUUUUGUCAACUAGGCUAUAUUGUAAUUAUUUCAUUGAUUUAAAAAAAUAGUUUCAAUGAUUCUUUUAUUUCUUCCAGAGAGAUUAAUUACUGAGGUCAUCUGUUUAAAUGUGUUAUGACUUGUGUCAUUCAACUGACUGAUAUCUUUACAUCUGUAUAAAAAAGACAGCACUUUUAGUCAUUUUUGCUUCAGACUAUCAGUAUUAAAAAAGACUAGCAGCUCCCCCCCCAAGCCAGGUCUAAAACAUUGUUGCAAGAAAUUAUUCAAAAUCCAGAGGUUUGCUCAUUUAGUAAUAUUCCACUCUACAGUAACAGGGUUUUUAACUUAUGUCUAAACUAUAUGUUUGUGUUACACUUUGUAUACAUGUAUUAAGAUAAAUUAAAUAAAACGAUUAUUAAUAAUCAAUGUUAUCUGAUCCACAAUGUCAA